AUGAAAUCCGGUUACGAACCUGGGCUUGCCACAUCUCAAUCAUCGAGUGUGAGCGCCAACAAAUCGGAAUUUGAUGGGAAUGAUGGGCAUGGGAAGGCUAGAAGACUUUCUCAUGACCUGCAACUUGAGACACAGGCAGAUGCAACGGCCCCUAACGUCAACGACAUUGAACAAGCCAAGGCUGCGGACCAGCCAGUGACAUGGAGCGCGCUACCCCGAAAAGAUCAACUCCUAGUGUUGAUGCUUGCCCGUCUCUCCGAACCGUUGACGCAAACCUCAUUGGGCGCAUAUCUCUACUACCAACUUCAAUCCUUCGAUCCAUCGCUACCAGAGUCUACUAUCUCAUAUCAGGCGGGAGUCAUUGGCGCAGCAUUUCCGGCGACGCAGUUUAUGACCGCCAUGCUGUGGGGUCGUUUUUCAGACUCUGAGUACGGCGGCCGAAAAAGAACCAUUUAUCUUGGACUGCUUGGUACGAUGCUAAGCAUCAUUGGCUUUGGCUUCUCGCGCAACUUCACCAUGGCAGUGACUUUCAGGUGCCUCGGAGGCAUAUUGAAUGGUAAUGUUGGAGUUAUGAGAACCAUGAUUAGUGAGAUUAUCAAGGAAAGAAAGUACCAGAGUAGAGCUUUUCUGAUCUUGCCCAUGAUCUUCAACGUCGGUGUUUUGGUUGGACCCAUCCUAGGUGGCGUGCUUGCAGAUCCGUUUGCUAGUUACCCAGCGCUUUUCGGACCCGACUCAACAUUUGGUGGCAAAGAUGGGGUGCAGUGGAUGAAACGAUAUCCUUAUGCACUCCCGAACCUUACAAGUGCCGUCUUUCUGUGCUUGUCAUCCUUGGCCGUUCUUUUCUUCCUUGAAGAGACGAGCGAGCUAUCCAAACAUAAACCGGAUCCAUGUCUGCGCGUUGGCCGAUGGAUACGUCGAGUCGUUUUUCGUCAGAAAGUCACAUCUGAGGCUGGGUACAGCGCCGUUCCAGAAGAUGACUUUGAACUACAGCCCACACCAACGUCGACACAUGCAGAAGGUUUCGAUAAUUUUGACAAGCCGAGCAACAUAGUUCGGCAACAGUUACCGUUUCGUCGCAUAUGGACACGAAACCUCGUCAUGACGUUAUUCGCGCACGGCGUUCUUGCCAUGCAUGUAGGCACUUUCAAUGGCCUUUGGACCAUUCAUCUUUCUACACCUCGCUUCGAUCCAGCUAAUCCAUAUCCUCCAGGCUUAGUGCCUCAUGGUCUGUACUUUACUGGAGGUCUGGCCAUGCCUCCAGCGCGCAUCGGCAUCGCACUUGCUAUCAUUGGCGUCAUCGGUAUAUCAUUGCAGCUUUUGGUAUACCCAAAAGUGGCGCAUCAUCUAGGGACAACAAAGUGUUACCGCGUUUUCCUUGCUUUCUUUCCAUUGAUGUAUACAAUUGCUCCCUUCCUCAGCUUGGUACCCAGCUGGACGUCACCACCCGAUGGCGUAAGUGGACCUUGGAUUUGGAUCGCCAUUACGUGCGCCUUGUUCAUACAAGUACUCGCUCGCACAUUCGCGUUGCCCUGCACAGCCAUUCUCAUCAACAACGUCAGCCCCCAUCCGUCCGUCCUAGGGACCGUUCAUGGCAUAGGCCAGUCGGUAUCCAGCCUCACGCGGACAAUUGGACCAAUACUCUUCUCUUGGGUGUUUGGUAAAGGUCUCGACAUGGGCAUGAUAGGUCUAGCCUGGUGGUGUAUGGCUGCUGUUGCCGUCGCCGGGUGGGUACUCGCACAAGGUGUUCGGGAAGGAGAUGGACAUGAGAUACUGCUUGAAGGAGAGAAGAAAGAACCCAACUGA